AUGGCACUCAUCGCAUUGGUCGUCCUGGCACUGCUGGUCGCGGUCAACGCAAGUCUAGUUUCAAACUACCCGGUAAAUGCGCAAUUACCACCUGUGGCUCGAGUCUCACGCCCUUUUCACUUCGUCUUCUCACCAGGGACUUUCAGCGGUACAGAAGCGGGAACACAAUAUUCGUUGCAAAGUGCGCCUUCAUGGCUACACCUAGACAGUUCAAGGCGGACCUUGUCCGGUACUCCUACAAGUCUAGAUACCGGACCGAACAAAUUCAAACUCGUGGCCAACAAUGGGCCAGACUCUGCAAGCAUGGAAGUUACUCUGGUCGUCACGGCAGAGGAUGGGCCGAAGCCUGGAAAGCCACUGCUGCCACAACUUGAAGCCAUUGGUGCUACAUCAGCACCAUCAACAAUCUUCGUGCACUCCGGGGAUUCGUUCGUGAUCUCGUUUGAUCAUGAUACUUUCACGAAUACUCGCAAGUCGACCUUUUUUUAUGGCACAUCCCCGGAGAACACCCCUCUGCCAUCGUGGGUUCGGUUUGACCCGUCUAAUCUCGAGUUCUACGGUACGACCCCCAACACUGGGCCUCAGACAUUUACAUUCAAUCUUGUCGCCUCGGAUGUCGCCGGCUUCAGUGCAGCCACCAUGAGUUUUGAGAUGACCGUCAGUCCGCAUAUUUUGUCAUUCAAUCAGAGCACGCAGACUCUGUUCCUCACUAGAGGAAAGCACUUUAGUAGUAGUCACUUCCGCGACAUUCUAACCCUAGACGGCAGACAACCAGGAAAUGGUGAAGUGACUUCUACUGAGGCCCAGGCUCCGAGCUGGUUAACCUUCGACAGAGAUACUAUCUCCUUAAACACCUAUGAAGAUGUCACUCGAAUGAUUGUCACUCUGCAAUAUUCACAAUUCUUUACAGACGACAUCAAAGAGUGCAACGCAGUGAUUGGUGAUGACUUUGUGCUGGUCUUCAACAACUUGAUCUUGAAGGAUGACUCAGUCCAACUCGAAGUGAAUCUUGGUCAGCAACUGCCCUGGCUACGGUACAACCCUGAUAACAAGACCCUUUAUGGACAUGUCCCCUCGGAUCUUCAACCGGGCAGCUUCCCCAUCACGUUGACUGCUCGUGAGGGGACUGCAGAAGACAGCGAACAGUUUAUCAUCCGUGCUGUGCGAGGGGACCGACAAGACGGUAGCGUAGCUAAAUCAACAGACUCGAACAAUGGCAGUGGUGGCCACGGAAAGAAAGCCGGUAUCAUUGCCGUCGCGGUUGUGAUCCCUAUUGUUUUCGUGAUGGUUCUCUUGUCACUCUUCUGCUGUUGGCGCCACAAGCGCAAGACGAAAGCUGCAACGCAAGAAGAAGGGCAGUUUCCGACUGAGAAAGAUCCGAGACCAACUCCUUCGGAUCUCCCUCCGAGCCCGUCUCCAUCAUCAUCAAAGCCGCCAAAAUUGGAACUGAGGCCUUUGUGGAGCGAAAAAUCGCUGGAAGACAGCAGGCAAGCGCACGAUUCGGAUGACAAGGAAAACUCUCUUUCACAUUCGACGAUAGAAUGGGACUUUGCCCCCUUGACACGCCAUAACCCGCAUGAAGAGAAACAAGCAGAGGAUAUUCCUCCCCAGAAUAAACGGCUGUCGUUCCAGAGCAGUCCCUCAUUACAUAGACGAACAACGGCCAAUUCCACAAAACGAGAGCCGCUCAAAUCUAUACAGCCAAGAAGAUCACUUAAGAGAAAUUCGGCGGCCUCGUCUAGGUCCCGAAGGUAUUCCAGGCGCUCGAGCGGCAUUUCAUCUGUAGCCUCGGGGCUACCGGUAAGGCUGAGCGGCGCAGGUCAUGGAGCUGGAGGAUUCGGGCCUCCUGGACAUGGAGUGGUUCGCGUAUCAUGGCAAAACACUCAGGUGUCUCUGCAAAGCGAUGAGAGCAGCGUUGGAAACCUUGCUCCCCUGUUCCCCCGGCCUCCCCCUCGUGGGAGAAACAGCGUGGAAUUCAGGAUCCUUGACCAUCCAAGACAGCUCACUGUGCGGGCCGUGGAGCCAGAAAGCCCAACUAUUUCAGAAUCCGAUUCACUGGAAGCCUUCGUUCAUUACCGGGCGAAGAAUAGAAACUCCUCCAACCCCAUGUUCUCGGCGCAAUUCGCACGCCGGACAUCCUCUGGUCUCCGCGCCCUGGAGAGAGCUCGAAGUACGGCUAGUCGCGCGGACACAAUGUCCAGUUCUAUCUACAACGAUGGUCGUCGACAGUCGUACACCCAGGACCGUCCGGGUUCGAUGGCGAUGUCAGCAAUGUCUGCGUCCGUCUAUACAGAGGACAACCGCAAUUCGACCUUCUUGCAGUCACUAGGUCUAGAAGCCCGAGCCCAAUCUAGCCUAGCGCAGAAUUAUUCCAAGAUCAUCUCGCCGCUUCCCCGGUUCUUCAGCGAAACAAGCCUGAGUAGCAAUCGACGGUUGGAGCCUGGAAACCUGGUCGAUACCUCAGACGAGUCCCAGAACGUAAAUGAAGAUUCUUCUGGGAGUCAACGUCAAUGCACCCAUCGAUUUUCCCUGCGGAGGAGUCCUUCAACCUCAUCGGUUCCAGUCGACAGUACCGUACGCCGGGUGAGUCUGGUGCGGUUCGCUGGCAUGGAGAACCGGGGCGACCAGACCAUGAAUAAUGACCAACGAUGGAGAAAUCGUCAGUCUGUCAGCAUUGAGCAACCCGGCGACAGUGUACAAAGAGACGUUGUAAACAGUGUCAGGAGCGGCGCUAAUUUCGUGUGAUCAUGUCCAGUGAGAAAAUAGAGCAUUCAUCAUUCACACUUCUUGUGGCUGUGUUAUCCUUUCAUGGUCAGAAGUUUCAGUGUUAUACCUAGCUGUGCCGUUUUGGGUUUCUUGUCAUUACAGGGUGUAUUAUUGAUUCCCAAGGUGGCUGUUCUCUUUAGAUACAUAGUGGCCGGCCACGGUGUUUGACGUCCUUAAAGAACUCGUUUACUUCAUUUCUAAGGUAUUUCCGUCUCCUGGUUUGGUUCAUCCUUUAAGAGAGUGGUACCUAUAUCAUGAUGGUGUCAUCAAUACAGCCAUACUUGGUAAACUAGUAUCAACCAACUGGAAACAUGGAAGUCGAACCAUUCUUCACUAUGAAACUUGGAAGCUAUCUAUCUAGUCAUAGUUAAUGUAGAUAUGCAAGUGAUUAAUAAAAUCCCUUUAUAUUAGGUUUUAUGCAUAUCAGGAG